UGGGUGUCAGGUAUUUUGUCCUAGUGUUCGGAAAAUGGCUAAUAUAGAAGUCAUUUGCAGAAUGGAUGAAUAAAAUUUUACAUUAUUGGUUGGCACUUUAACCAACUCAAUUUGAAAAGGCUGCUUGUGUACUCUCUUUGAUGCCCAUCAAGAAUUAGAUGGAAGAGGAGGGGCAGGGAAUCCCUAAAGAUAGCAGUGCCAACAACCUUCUGAGAGCUGCCUUUGAACAGAAUAACAGGGCUCCCCCUAGGGUCCUUGCUCAGGUCAAAAGAAUUCCCACUUGUUUUGUUGCCCCAGAGUAUAAGGAAGCUUCUUGGCUCUUCUUCAAAACAAAGUUUUACAAAUUACCACUACAGGGUGACCAAACUGAGGUGGAAAAAGUAUGUUUGAAACCAGAAUAAAAUUUUGCAAUGACACUUCUUUUUGGCACAGCUGCUCUGAGUUUAGGAAUAUAUGAACACUCAUGCCAUUUCUGUGACCUCCUAAAGCAAGCUACUAAACUUUUAUAUUUUCCUUAUUAUCAAGUGUAAGGUGGUGAUAGACUCAAUCAGUGGUUCUCAGAUUCUGGGGGACAACAGAAUAUCUUGCAUUACUUGUGAAAUCCUGAUGGCUGGAUUCUGCUCCAGAGUUUCUAGUUUAGUGAUUGGGGUGGGGCCAGGGAAAAUGUAUUUCCAAUAAUCUCUUGUGGCUGCUGCUGUUGGUCGCAGGACAACCUAUCAGGAAAUUCUGCUCUGAAUUAUGCACACUCCUUUAGAGCAAGGGACAGAAUUUCUUUUGCCAUUUGGGUCAGUAGGAGGCACUCAAUAAAUUUUAAUGAGUGGAUUAAGUAAGCCUUUGGUGGAUGUCUCAGGGCUCAGGGGAGGGAUGCAUGCUUAAGGCUGUCCUGUGAGGCUAUGGUGAGGGUCAGAAAGAGAAGGGCUGCCAUGCUGAACAUUUAAUCAUUUGUUUCUUCACCCACUUCGUGGAGAUCUGAUUUGCUGUAGUUGCUGCCCCUAAUUUUCCAGGUAGCCCCACCACUGAGUAGGACUCAACUCAGAGGUUUUGUUGGUGAAGUGGCUGACUUAGCCUGUUUUCCAUAACUAAAACAAAAUACCCAAGACUGUGUUUUUAUAAAGAAUAGAAGUUUAUUUGGCUCAUGAUUCUGGAAUCUGAGAAAUCCAAGAGCAUGGAGCUUGCAUCUGCUCAGCAUCUGGUGAGGGCCUUCCUAGUACAUCAUACCAUGACAGAGGACAUCAUAUGAUGGGACAGAGCAGAGUGGGUCUUUGUAACAGACCCACUUUCAAGAUAACCCACUAGCCCACUAAUCCAUUAAUCCAUGGAUGAAUUAGCUCUCACCACCUAAUCACUCUUAAUACUUCACAUGAGGAUUACAAUUCAACAUGAGUUUUGGUGAAGGCAUUGAAAUCAUGGCAGUGGCCAUCUCUGCAUUCUUCUCCUUGAACUGUUCCUUUAUUACAGCUUUCCUCCUACAUGAUGUAUGUGAAAACUCUUUCAUCCAUUUGGUUCAGGGCUGGUGUUUGUGAGGGGAAUUUAAGCAGCACAUUAGGCAAAGGGAACCAGUGAUACAGAAGAUUAAAUGUGAAAUAUCUUUCUGUGAACCAGUUUUUAGCUCCUGGAUAAAGCAAGUCCUUUUCCUUCACUCUCCAGAGUCUGAAGAAGCAGGGUGGAGACCUUGGCGCACAAUUUUUGGGAGAUGGAAUUAGUUAAGUCUUAGUCAAAGGGAAAUGAAUGUCAGUGGCCACAUCCCAUCUAGCAAGCACACCCAUCUUUUGGUUAGGAGGACUGCGCUGCAUCCCUACCCUGCACAGAGCUGCCUUUCUUCCUGGAGGAAAAGUGACUCUUUCACAGCCUGCUGGGAGGCAAAGGAAAUGGAAAGUUCCACAGCAUCCUGUGCCCCUCUCUGUUUCACGGGACGCUGGUCUGCCUUCACCUUUCCCAAGUUCAGGGCUGACAGUGGGCCUUUGCACUGGGGGAAACAAAUGAUGAGUGGCUGGGUGAAAAUUCCCAUGGAACCCCUUAAUGACUGGCUCCAUGAAGUCUUGGUGAAGCUCCAGCCUCUGAGAAGGUGCCUGUUGGCCUCUUGGUCAGAAGAGCCCAUGUCACGUCAAGCAGGACAUGAAGAAGAUGGAUUCACAGAAAACAUUGGACUUCUCCUGAACCUGCUUGAAAAACAUGACCCUUGGCCAGCUUAUGUGACAUAUACCUCUCCAAUGGUGCAAAGACUCAUUGAGAAAAGCAAAAUGAAGGAACUGCAAGGCAUACGUGCUUUUGAGGAAAAACAACAGGCACUGAGGCCAAACAAGUCUUCCAUGAAAUGGAGAAAUUCAUCUAAGUCUUCUGGUGAAGGGUUGAAAGAUGUGCUGUUAGAUCCUAUGCUGUCAAUGUGGGGGCCUUACUCUGUAUCAACCUUGGGUCCCACUGUUGUCCCAGAACCCAAGCACAUACAAACAGAUUCCAGAGAAAGUUCCACUGCAAACUAUAACAAGAUCAUUUUCUCUCGAAAACCUAUGAUGAGGAUGCUUCCCUACCAGGUCACUACAGUCCAGCAAGAAGAAACAUGAAAAUGUCUAACAAGGAGUCCCUGCAGCCAUCCCUGAAGAAUGUACUGCAAUUAAGCUCCAUUUGCCAUAAAUUUCACUACAUCCUUUAAAUCUGAAAUUGCUCUUUUAUAUGCAGAGGCUGGUGGAGAGAAACCACAUCAGAAUAUGGGCCAUGGGUGGGUGGGUUCCUCCCUUCCAUCACUGUAGUCUGCUGGGUUCAGCAGUGAAAGGUGCUAGUUUCUCCCACAGAUGCUGAAGACUCAACUGUGGAAGUAUUAGUCCAGGUCCAGGCAGAAGGGUAGAAAUCAUACCAGGUAUUCUACUAGAGAGAACUUAAUAGAAAGAAUUAUUAACCAGGUAACUAAAAAAGGCAGAAAGAAAAUCCAAAGGUUUAAGUGGGGACAGUCCCUGCAAGAAGCAGUUAUUCCUAAGGUGGAGGGAGCAAAGGGAAGUUAGCUACUUGGAGAAGGGGCAUGUGGGCUGAAGCUCAGAUUUUCUGACGUGAGGGAGUGAGGAUGCUCAGCUAGUCCUAGUGGCUGUCUCUGAUCCUCUGAAGGUUGGUAUCCCAAUUCCAAGAAGCAGAGCUCUUUUGGCUGGUGUCUCUGAGAGGACAAAUGUAGAGCUGGUUCUGUGAAUAUUGGAAAACCCAAAAACUGGACUCAAGUUCUUCUGGAAGAAGUUGUCACUGCCUGGGUAAGCAAAAGGGGUUAGUAGGCAAGGCUGAUAGGGACAAGAAGCUGACAAAAGGCAAACAGGAUGCAAUUCAGAAGCAAACAACCUGAAGAGUAGGCCCUUCCUCUUCCCUGUACCUGUGCAGGCUUCUGCCCGCUAGGGACAGAGUGUAUCAGGGCAAAAAGCAGGAAUGAGAUUUUCAGACUCACAGCCCUAGCAUCUCCAAACAGUAUAAAAGGAUGGAUUUUGAAGCCAAAAGAGAAAUAGCUUAGUAAUCAGCAUAGCGUGGUUCUGGUGCUCCACAUGGCCUCUGAACCUAGUAUUGAAGUGUUUUUCCCUGGAAGGUCUUACAAAAUGGUAGUAGGGAUGUCAGAGGGGCCUCUGCUGAGAAAUGGAAGAGGUCCAACCCCUCUCUCCCCCAUCCCCAUUCUUCUUUCAGGUUUGCCUUAUGGAGCACAGCUGGUUGGGAGGGAGAAGUUCCUGAGUUCCUGGCUGGACCCCAGUUGUUAUUUGUCAGAUGACUGCUAGAAUUGGCCCACCCAUGUUCUGAAUUGGUCCCAAAGCAAGCAAUGACGAACUGUCCUCUGUCUUUCAGUAGACAAACUGUCUUCAGACACAUGAGGAUUUUGUCAGGACAGAAAUCAAACUGGUCUGUUGUGUGGCAUUUAACUGCCGAGCAUGGUUGACCUUACCUGAGUUUCUUGUUUGCACUGCAAGGCAGUUAAUAUCAUUCAGCUUCCCCCUCAGAGGUGUACGGGACCUGAUGCACUAAUAGAUGUAAGUGUCACUUGAAGAAGUUAUAUUUCUCCUACAAUACAUGUUUUCUAUCCAAGAGUCUUAUGUAAAUGUUUAAAGUCAGAUAUGGGUGCGGCUUUGUAGAACUCAUCUCUGGUUCCUGUGUGUUUGUGUUGGGACAGCUGGACAAAUUAGGAGCUCUGGACUUGUUCCUGGGUUCCCAACCCUUGGUCAGAAUGAAUUCUUACAAAAAAAAUAGGUGUUUCCAGAUGAAUCUCAUGAAUGUAUUUUGUGUCUAUGGAAUAUUUGUAGACCCGGAAUCAGGUGAUAAAUUCCUCCAAGAUUUAAAAAACCUUCUUUAUCUCUUUACAGUUAUUUAUCCCUAACAUAUAUUUGGGACAGUGUGGAUUAUACAAUUGAGUGUUAGAGUUAAUAGAGUUUGGGGAGUAGGAUUAUUUCUUCCAGUCCCUUUAAGGGCAGGGGAGAGUGGUAAUUUACUGGUUUGCACUUUUUGUUUUCUUUAAAAUUUCUAGGUAUUUAGUAGAAUUUACAAAAGUAUGUGCUACAAAUUCAAAUAAUUUUUUAAUAUAUAGCAUUAUUUAGGUUAAUCUAAUUCUUAGCCUAUUAUAACAAUACAGACAUAAACCAAGGACAUCAUUCACACCUUAUGCUCUAUGAAAUCUGCCUGCAUUCUGUGGCUACAGUCUAGACACAUUGCCUCUUGAGGCAUCUUUAAGAGAGAAAAGCUAUAAUUCCUUUUGAAAUAGGGAACUCCCAAACUGGGGCUCAUGGGUCUCGCUAGCAAAUGGUUCUGGCCAGCCAUGACCACAUUCACAUGAGGACUGAGGAGGCUGCUGGGAAAGACUUCUCCUGGGAGAUAAAUAAUCGGGUAAGACCAGCUGGAUCCACUGAUGAAACCUUGGUCACUGGGGGAGGAGGAUGAUCCUGAGUGACCCAUGUUAUCUGAUGUUGAGAUUUGUCUCCUGAGCCAAACUUUUCUGAGUGCUCUUGGGGGAGGGGGCAGUGAGUCAGUCUCUCACAGGGCUCUUUCACUAAAAUCCUGGAAGACCCAGAAGUACUAAAGCAAAAUGAAGGGGGAGCUUGUUGACCUCAUAACCCACCAUUUCAUAUGUCCCACUGCCCUAGUUGUGACAUGAAAUAGCCAGGUCUCAUAGAGCCCAGUGAAUAGUUGGCAGGGACAGCUUUGUUCCUGAGAAUCACAGAGACAUCUCUGGUGCUCCCUGAAAUAGGCAUGGAGCCCUUCCUGGGGCCUCUGCCCUUACACAAGCAGGCAAAGCAUGCAUGGAGUGGAAUAUGGAUUAUUCUCAUGUAACCUCAUCUGCCUGUCCAAGAUUGAGAGGACUGGAGUAUCUCAGGUUACCCUGAACAUAUUUAACUUCCAUCUCAAAGAGAGAAUUGGCUUUCUCUGAUAUCCACAGCCCACAGCCUUUUCUUAUUUAUGUCUUUUGCAUAUGGCAUUUUCUGCUUGGCAGGAGAGCUACUCUAAUAAGUCUCUCUGCCUUCGUAGGUUUAUGAAAUACCAGAAUAUGAGUUUUGUUAGCCUGUCUGUGUUUCUCUGUAACUAAGGCCCUGUUCUAACACAUAUCAAGCAGCUGUUUUGAACAGAUUCUUUGGCUCUCUGUGCAUAAUAUGGUAUUUACCCAUUUGCAAAUUCCAUGGUUGAUGUUUGAACAGUUGAUGUUUAACUUCAACAACUUGACUGAGCCUGUUGGUCAUUCUCACUUUGUCCGGUCUGUUAGGAUGUCAAACAGAUCCACAUUCCGCAAACUCCCUAGUGUGGCCUGAGAUCAUGUCUUGAUGGAGAUAAGGCCACUCAACAGAUAAGACGCUACUGGAAUCUUCAUGGCAGUAACAGCAUAAACAAAGAUAAAGCCCUCCAGAGAAACUUACAAGGCACCAGCCAAAAUUUCGGAGUCACUGUGAUGCACUCUUUUUAGAUGACCUAGAGUAAACUUUGCUUAUUACAAUA